AUGAAACUGGCAUUCGUAACUGGAUCGAAUAAGGGUAUUGGAUUCAGUAUUGUUGAAAAACUUUCGAAACUAUACCGCUCCUCAGGAGAUUGGGAUGUGUUUCUUACAGGUAGGCGCCUGUCAAACAAUAAUUUAGCAGCUCGAAAUAUCGGGCUUGGUGAGGAAGCUGUAAAGAAGCUAAGUAGCAAAGGUCUGAAUGUUAAAUUCCAUCAACUAGACAUAACGGAUCGAAAUAGUCGAAAAGCAUUUUUAACAUUUGUAAAGAAAAACUAUCCUAAUGGAAUCAACAUUGCAGUGAAUAAUGCUGGGAUUGCCUACAAAGUUUUUUUAUUACUUUGA